AUGAAGUCUGGAUCAGCUUUGCCUCUCUCUUUCGCUUUUUUUCUGUUUCUCUGCAUAAUCCUUGCAACUGGACAUGUUGCUGAGCAUGAUAACGAACAUUUCGGGCUUCCAGACACGAGUCGUGAAUUGGCCAGUCUUGACGUAACUGAGAUAGAUCUACAGACACACAAGGCGCUUCAUGCUGCCGCCGUUGCACAUGCCAUUCACAAGCGAGUGCAGCAGCUCUCGGAUGGUCGACCGAUCAAUCUUCCAGUGAUCCCUAAGAGUCCUCCUGUAUGUAGCGCUCCUCCUUCCAUGCGCUUCUGCAAGUCGGUCACUUAUCCCGUCUAUCGGCCGUCAGCAGAUCAUACCUUCGCAGAGCUCGACUUCGAUUCUCAUGCCGUUUACAAGAAGAUUGUGCCGCACAUGCGAAUUUCCGAGAAACAUUUUGAGCUCCCUAUCAUCGAAUCUUGUCGGACCAACUUCCGCGAGUUCCUCUGUCUGCGAAAUUUUCCGAGGUGUUGUCACGUGGGCUUGUGCAACAAGUAUGGUGCGCCAGAACCUGUUCUGACGGCGUCGGAUCUGUUGCCCACCGACGAUCGGCCUACUACUGUCACGUUUGUGAAUGGCUCUCAGGACACCAUGAGAGUCGAGAUGGGAAGGAACGACACGGUCAAGGUGAAGAUGGCAGAGGCCGCAUGCCUCGAGUACGUCAAGACCUACACUCCGCUCUUCGAUUGUCGCUCCUGGUGCACUCAGCUCCUGUCCAAGGACUGCCUCUACAUGCUGUCUCAGGAUUGUGAGAACUUGUGCUGGGGAGUGCAUUCCGAGCGCUGCGCGUCAAGGGCACUGUGA